CCACAAGCCAAUGUGAGAACUAAAACAAUCCACUACGAGAAGUGAACUCUAUCUCUACUUUCCUCAAUAUGGCUGAAGAAGCCGACCAGCGCUAAAAUUAUUAGCAAAUCUCUCUCCCUCUGGCCAAACUGGUUCGGCUAAGAAAGCUGCGAGAAUUCAUAGGCCGCCUCAAAGACAAUGCUUCACUAAUCAUUCUCACCGUCAAGUGAUCAUUCUACACAGGUCUUGGAAAAGCUCUGCUUCCAAUGAUUAGGUGCAGAAAUUUUGUUCAAGGAAAUUAUGUCCUUUGAGAACUAGCAUCAUUGUUUGGUCCCAGACAUGGCAGCCCUCCAACCACCUGCUGGGGGGCAAGUUCCGCAUUCUCCAAUCUUUCUUCGGAAGUCGUUUGCUGAUCUAUUCUCGGAUAAAUCUUCCACACCGUCAUUUUCUGUCCAGGCCACUCCAUCCAUGCACAAGGGUGAACCUGCUAUUUUGUUCUCACAAGAUGCCUUAGACAAAUUGGCGACUCCUUACAGAUUUGCGCUAGUGGGCAAGUUCUCCAGGGGCGGCCAAAACUGGAGGACAUUAGAACUUUUCUUCUCAAGCUGGAUUUGCGCGAGGCAGUCACGGUUGGGCUGCUCGACCCACGACAUGUGUUGUUACGUUUUCAUAAUGAAGCUGAUUUUCAUAGAUGUUGGUCUCGGGGGAUCUAGUAUGUCCAUGCAUCCCCUAUGCGAGUCUUCAAAUGGUCGCCUGCUUUCCAUGUUGAUCGAGAACCGUCAAUAGUUCCGAUGUGGUUUCAACUGCCUAAACUUCCAUUACAUUUGUUCCACAAGGAGGCACUGUUUCAAGUUGUGGGAGUGCUCGGCAUUCCAUUGCUGAUCGAUGCAGCGACUGUGGCCGUUUCUAGACCAAGCGUUGCAAGGGUCUGUGUUGAAGUUGACUUAUUGAAGCCGUGGCCUUCGAGAAUCUGGAUUGGAAAUGGUGCGCACGAAGGCUUUUGGCAGGAGCUUGUACCAGAGAACAUCCCUAGAUACUGCUCUCAUUGCUAUCGCCAGGGACACAUGGUGGAUGAAUGCCAUGUACUGAAUCCGUCAUUGCGGACAAAGGAGACAGGAGGAGAGAUGCAAGAACCUGGGCAUCCUCCUAGAGUGGGUUUUGGUACCAAACAGUGGGUUGAGGUUCAAGACAAGGAGACGGCACAAAAUUUGAUGGCAGAGGGUGGCACGCCCGUGCAGCCGGUUGUUGCCAUGGAUCACGCACGGAGCACAGGAAAGGAAGUUGCUAAUCUGGGCAAUAUCCCGGAACCUGCGGCUGUGGAAACGCAGGCAGUGGAUGAGGCGCUGCCUCCUCCACCUAAUUCAUCUGUGGCUAUGGUGCCGGAGGAUGGAGCAGAUGCUGGAUUGCAGAUUUCGACUUCGAAUCCACUCGAGGAGUGAAAAUUCACUGAUCCGGGGUCUGACGAUGACCAUUCCAUUCAUCCAGCUAAUGGCACAUUCACAGAGGCUGCAUCGGAAGAUAAGGCGAUAGAGGCUAGUGACUACUCACAGAAAGUUAAUGGAAUUACGUCUGCUGUGGUAAACGGUUCGUUCUCGAAGAUAGACCAAGUUCAUGACCCACGUGAUAUAGUGUCAGGUGGAGACCCAACCCUUGUGGGUACAAGUACAAGAACAGAAACGAAAUCCUCUUUGCCUCAAAAUCCAGUGCCACAAUUUAAAGAUGUGUUCGAAGAGAUUAAAUGGGAGAAAUUACAUGGUACGGUUCCCCGACCACAUCAAAUGCUUUUUAUUCGUUCAAGUACAACAUGCAAUGACGACAAAAAUGAAGAAGAUGAAGAUGAUUCACAAUGCCAAAAAGACAAAGAUCAAGACCAGAACCUAGUUCAAGAGCAAUUUACCCGAGUGAUUUCAAAGAAAUCGAGAAAACAGCUUUCAAAAAAAGGUAAAACAAUGCAAACAUGUCAAGAUGUUAAACCAAAUUCCCAUGCUCACUCGCAGUCACACAAAUGUGGGGCACCCUCAUGUGGAUGAUUUCUUUUGAUUGAUCUGUUAUGUCUUUAGAAUUCCUUCAUAUGUGAGUUUUAUUUUUUUUUUAUCAUUACAUGUUUCUUUUCCUUUAACAGAGGUUAGGUUUGGCCCCCCUCUAAAUCGGUGUAUUUUUUUGGUUAUAAAUAAAUUAAGGGAUGGCAUCCCUAUUAAAUUAAAAA